AUCACCUCAGUUUUCCAACGCAUAACGUCCUCACUUUCUAAGCUCCCUAUCCAUGCUAUCAAUCCAAACUCCUCCCAACUCCCACCCACCAGCAAUAGCUCUUUACCUCACAAAAUCAUUCAAUGGGAAGUAGCAGCGCCUCUUCCUCUUGGCUUAGCCCACGCGCCACCGUCUUUAGCCUUGCCUCAUCACCCAAGCGCGAACCUUUCUCCUCCUCCUUUUUCUCCUGCAAAUCCUCCACCACCAAUACUAUCACCUGUUGCGCUACUGACCCCACUGAUGAUUCCUCCUCCACCUCCUCAUCAUCAUCAUCCUUAUUAUCUGCGUCCUAUACUCGUCGGUGGUACAAUCCUCUUAGGCGCAGGCCUUACGACCACCCUUCACCUGAAAUUUUCCGCCAUUGGGUAGAAGAGGAUCAAUCACAAGCAUCCCAAGAACGUUUUACCAUGGUGUCAUAUAAUAUAUUGGGAGACAGAAACGCUUUCAAACACAGAGAUUUGUACAAGAAUGUUGACCCUCUCUACCUGGAAUGGGCACAUCGCAAAAGGGCCUUAAAUAAAGAAUUAGCUGGAUGGAAUGCUGAUGUUAUCUGCUUGCAAGAGGUAGAUAGGUAUUAUGAUUUACUGAAGCUUAUGGAGAAAGCAGGAUAUGCUGGUUCUUACAAGCGACGUACGGGGGAUUAUGCUGAUGGUUGUGCCAUGUUCUGGAAAGCUGAUAAAUUUCAGUUGUUGGAAGGAGAAAGCAUUGAAUUUAAGGCACUUGGUCUUCGUGAUAAUGUUGCUCAACUCUCCGUUUUUGAGAUCUGUGAAGCUGAAUCAAGGAGAUUAUUGGUUGGUAACAUCCAUGUCCUUUAUAGUCCAAAUAGAGGAGAAAUUAAAUUAGGUCAAAUUCGUUUUCUUUUAUCAAGGGCACAGAUCCUUGCAGAGAAAUGGGGCAAUAUACCAGUCAUUCUUGCUGGUGAUUUCAAUAGCACUCCUCAGAGUGCUAUAUAUAAGUUCUUGGCUUCAUCUGAGCUGAAUAUCAUGUUAUAUGACAGAAAACAGAUGUCUGGUCAGAGGAAUUGUGACCCCACACAAGUUUUUGGUCUCAAGACAGAAUUGAGCACUCCGUUACAUUUGAUGGACAGAUUUUUGAAGAAUUGCUGGACAAAUGAAGAGGUUAAAGUUGCAACUGGCGACCCUGAGUGUCAGUUGCUUACUCAUCCUCUGAAGCUUAGAAGUUCCUAUGCGACACUUAAGGGCUCUACAAGAACGAGGGACUUAAAUGGUGAACCUUUAGCUACUUCCUACCACUCGAAGUUUCUUGGUACCGUUGACUAUUUAUGGUACUCAGAUGGUGUUGCACCUAUACGAGUUUUGGAUACACUUCCAUUCGAUACUCUCAGAAGGACAGGUGGUCUUCCAUGCGAGAAACUGGGAAGUGAUCACUUGGCUCUAGUUUCUGAGUUUACCUUUACACAAGGAGCCAAAGAAGGAAGCACCACAAACAAAGCAACAGUCUCAGCUGCAGACACCUCAUCUUCAAGAGAGGAUGACAAAUCAAAAUGAUGGAUGCAUAUUGGCUGGCAUGAACUUCCAUGAUUGAGAUUGAAAUUCCACAUAUCCACUCACUCUUUUUGUGUGUUUGUGUGGAUUGCUUUCCUGAUGAAACAAUCAGCUGAUCUCUUUGUUGAGCCAAAAGAUAAGCAGAUGUAAAUGAAUUCAGUUAGUUGAAAAUUGAAACAUUGAUAACUCAUUUACAAUUGCAAGUAGUUCAUAGAACAUGUAAUUUCUACCAUCCUUCAACUGAAAAGAUCAAUUUGGAUUACACUUGUUAAAUUUUGUUAUUCUCAUUGUUUAUAGUAAGGCGAGCACUAUUCGGUUCCGAAAAAAUUGACCGGACCGAAUUAAUUUGAAAAUUCA